AUGUAUUUCGGUGGCGUCAUGUAUCACCGCGAGCAGAGCAGAAGAAUGAGCAUGAGCAAUGGCAAUGGUAAUGGCAAUGGCAAUGGCGCGGAGGAUGACAUUGAGCUGGAGGAGAUGCGAGCGAUCGCUAGGGAUCUAUCAAUGACCGAGCCACUGACUGGCCCCACGCACGCUCAAAAGCGGAUCAGCCGCUUGGAUAUUCUGGAAGAAACCGAAGCGAUCUUUCCACAUCAGGCCAUUGGCGAGGUCACUGCCGCUGCCGAUCAGGGCACAGAGGAGGAAAUCCAAGCCGAGAAGAAGCGCAUGCGCCGCAUCUCGAGAAUGUUGCCACCAGCCGACUACGGUCACCCGGCUCUCUACAUGAACGAGGGAGCCCAGACCGCUGAGCAACCACCAGCCAACUACGCUCACCCGGCUCUCCGCAGAAAUGAGCUAGUUCAGACCACUGAGCAGCCACCGGCUACACCAACCUACAUCGACCCACAAGAAGGACAUUCCGACGUCGCCCGUCCAGUAGCCCACGUGCCAAGCUCCAAUGUGGACGAGAUCUACGAAUUGAGCGAAGCCGUUCGCAACAACGGUCACAUACGAUCUCCAAGUGGCAACAUUCUAAGCACCGAUGAGUUCAUGGCACGCGACGAUCGGCCGAGGCUCGUUUCGGAGAGGCAGUCAAACAUCAGGCGCAGGGCUGUGGAGGCAAAUGAGAGAAGCUUGCGGGCAGAGAUUGCACGGGUUAUGGAUACCUAUACCACAUACGAUCUGCGUGUUCUAGUGGCGGAGGAGGAGCCGGAUGAGAAGGCGAAGCGCUGGGGAUGGAAGUGGAGCUGUUUUGGCAGAAAGGAUGAGGAUUCCGACGAGGAGGUAUCCGAUGCGGAGGACUGA